UAGAGCUUCGUGUUGACUUCGAGCUCGUCGAAGAACUUAACGCUUUAGUCAUUGUAAUGUGAAUCCUAUUUAAUCCAGUUACCCUGAUUGAGGUCAAUGGCAAGAUGAAUUUCGACGGUAAGAAUAAUCCAUUGAAGGUACUUAUGCUUCAAAUUGCUAAUUAUAACUACAAGAAGCACUUAUGGAUUAUUCCAGCGAUGAAGCCGAGCCCUUGUUUAACGACGCAUCGCUUCCCGCCUCCCCAAGUACAGCCGGAAUUGAGAAACUUUCGACUCAAGAGGAACAUACGAAAUCGGGCAAUGUAGCCUGCAAUACCUUCCACCCAGCUGCUAUAAACAUUCGAGGACCCCAUGAUGCAUUCCAUAGUGCUAACGACAAGGUUAUGGACCUCACUGGUGCAAACCACUUCUAUAAGCUCCCGCCAGAGAUUCAAUUGAGGGUAAUCGAACUGUGCAUGCCAGACCGAUGCUUGGCGCAGGUUUGAAAUUUGUCGAGCUCCCCACUAUCUCAUGUACCUCAAAGAGAAAGGACAAACACACCACACACGGGUUUUAUCUGUCUCGAAAUUAUUUCGCGAUAUAUAUUCGAAGCACUUACCAAUUAUGCUGCCAUCUUUCUCCGAUGAGCCAAUAUACAUCCACAAGGAUACAACAGUCGUUCUCGACAUGAGCAAGCAAGAGUUUUGUGACCUCGCAGAAUGGCAGCAGCUGGCUGUGAGAUUUCCUAAUAAGUUAUUAAAUCACUUAAUAAUAUUAGCCCAACCAAUGAUCGGGUGAGCACGUGAUAUAUUAAUAACAUUUAUAUAUAUUAUUAAGUUUUAUUAUUAUAUGAAAAUUUGAUUA